CACCCGGAAGCGUUGCCAUGGCGGCCCCGCUGCGCGGCCUUGUGUCGGCGCUGGAGACCUACCGCGGCCGCGACCGCCUGAUGCGCACUCUGUGCUACGGCUGCCAGCUGGUGGGGGGCACCGUGGCCGCGGCCCGGCAGGGCCCCGCAGAGCCCCCCCUGGCCCGGAGCCUGCUGGCGGUGUCGGCACAGCUCAGCCAGUGCCGGACGGUGCUGCGCCUCUUCGACGACCCGGCUAUGCUCAGCCACAGCCGCCAGUACGGGCUGGGCGCCACGGAGGAGGACGCGGUGGUGCGCUGGCUCUCGGUGCUGGGUAACGUGGCCGACCAGCUCUACUACCCCUGCGAGCACGUGGCCUGGGCAGCUGACGCCGGCGUGCUGCGCGCCCACUCAGAGCGGUGGUGGGCGCGGAGCACGGCCUUGUGGGGGCUCUCGCUGCUGCUGGGCAUCCUGCGGUCUCUGAGAAUCUUGUCUCGGCUGAGAAGACAGAUGCGAGUGCACACUGGCGAAUCCUCACAGGAGAGGCUGAAGAGGAUGAAAGCCCAGAUGAAGUCUGAAGUCUUGAGCAUCCUCAGCAGCAUGGCAGACCUCUCCAAUGCCAUCCACUGGCUGCCACCAGGAUUUCUCUGGGCUGGACAGUUUCCUUCGUGGCUAGUGGGUCUUAUGGGGACCAUAUCAUCUCUCAUUGGUGUCUACCAAACAUAUGUAGGGGAAAACGCUGGGACUGUGUGAACCAUAAGUUCAGGUACAGGAGCCCAAGGUGUCUAUGGUAAAGGUACACUUAUAUGGGUACAGCAUUCAUGCUCAGUGCCUCCUGUAAUUAGGGUGUGAUCACAAGGUGUCUGUAAGGAGAGGGGUUAAUUCGGGUUAAUGUUUUUCUGGCUCUUCUGCACCCUCAGUAUAUAAAGAACUAUAGGACUGAUGUGCCUGCUGCAAAGGCAAAUGGAGCCGGGAAUAGUACGGGGACAGCCUGGCUCAGGGUUUCCCAGAGACAGAUAAAGCACUUCACACUUCCCACCUGCAGCCGCUGGAAGGCGAGGGCCCGUGUGCAUCCUCGUGGCACAGAAACCUGGGGCUAAGAGGGGUGGGGGAAUGGGAGCAGGUCUGACAGCAAAACACUAAGGGCAGGAUCCUGCAGCUUGCAGCCCCACUGCCCCCCGGCCCGAGCUCAGGCUUGUGCAGUGCUGCGACAGAGCAGCCCCUGCCCCUCUGCUUCCGGUUGCCAGGACAGGCAUUGCCACAGCAAGAGGCACCUGAUGCGAAGCAGGUUUUACUUGUCUGCCCUCACUCCAUGGAUGUCUUGUUUCUUUGAUCUUUAAACCUCGAACCAGAGCUUCUGCCUCAAGAGACGGAUGUUCGAAGGCUGGUGUUGGUGGCGCUCACACUUGGGGUACAGGUGGGACAGGGAGGAGCUAAUGAUCACUGCCACCUGUCCUGGGUGGGUUUUGGGAAGCUUGCCCUUUAGUGCGUGUGGCUUCUUUGAGCAGACGUGUUAACAGCAGAGAUCUUGUGGUUUGAUCAGAACAAGCAAAAUGGCACGGUACCUUCAGGUGAUCCUCAUCACGUCAUGGCCGUCUCCAGCCCCUGCUCAUCUGAACCAAGUUGCUUUUUAAAAAGGAAUCGAAUGCAUUUUAAUGUCGAGGGGACCAAUCAUGGACUGCUGAAACCAGUCGUACAACGGUCCGUUUAACUGUUUCUCUGGCUGUGUCAAAUAAAGAGAGCUGAACACUUCAGGGG